UAACUGUGGUAUAGAGAGAGAAAGAGCGUCGCUGAGACGUAACAAGGUAUAUAUCUAUGUAUAUUCGCACGCGAAACUAAUUAGCCAUAUAGAUAAGAAGAUUAUGUAAUAUUUAUAAGAAUUAUUGUUAUCAAUAUUAUAUGUGCUCAUAUCAUUUUGGUAAAUUUUAUCGUAAGCACAAAGAUAGCAUAUUGUUUGGAAAAGCAAGUAUCAUGAGCACAAAGUUUUUAUUUAUUGAAUCAGUGGAGAUUUUGCGGAAUACCUUACCGCAUUAUAAGAUCUUUUUGGAAGUGAUUUUAGUGAUUUGGCUAGCUUGGUUUAUUUCUAAAAGGCGAAAUAACAGUCAUUCAAUACCAUCAAAAGAAUUAGUAGAAAGUAAAUUAGCAGAGUAUCGACCAGAGUCUCUAGUACCAAAACCACUGGAAGAACAUCCUUCGCUAAAUCCUAAAUACAUUACUUCUAGAGUUGGAAAAAGAAUAACAGUCAAUGGUAAAGAUUGUCUCAAUUUGGGUACACAUAAUUAUUUGGGUUUAAGCGACAGUGCAGAAAUACUAGAGAGUGCAAUAACAGCUAUAAAGAAAUAUGGUGUUGGCUCGUGUGGACCACGAGGUUUUUAUGGAACUGUCGAUGUACAUCUUGAACUAGAAGAACGUUUGGCUAAUUUUAUGAACGUCGAGGAAGCAAUUAUUUAUUCCUAUGGAUUUGCAACUAUAGCAUCUGCAAUUCCAGCUUAUUGUAAACGUAAUGAUUUGAUAUUCGUAGAUGAUCAAGUAAAUUUUGCAAUUCAAAAAGGAUUAGAUGCAUCUCGUGGAAAUAUCCAAUAUUUUAAGCAUAAUAAUGUUCAAGAUUUACAUAAUCUUUUAAUAAAACAAAUGGAAGCAGAUAAACAACAUCCUAAAAAAGCUGCAAAAGCUAAACGUUUCCUGAUUAUAGAAGGCAUCUAUAUGAAUACAGGAAAUAUUUGCCCUUUGCCAGAAUUAUUAGAUCUUUGCAAAAAAUAUAAAUUGAGAAUUUUUAUUGAUGAAUCGAUAUCAUUUGGUACUAUUGGUUUACAUGGAAAAGGUGUUACUGAAUAUUUUAAUAUUCCUAGAAAUCAAAUAGAUAUGAUAAUGGGAUCUUUAGAAGGAGCUAUAGGAACUAUUGGAGGUUUUUGUGUGGGAACAUCAUUUGUUAUUGAUCAUCAACGUUUAUCUGGACUUGGUUAUUGUUUUUCAGCAUCUCAGCCUCCUCUUUUGGCAUCUGCUGCUAUUACUUCUUUAGAUAUCAUGGAAAAUAAUUUACAAAUGUUUCAAUUAUUGAAAGAUAAUGCCUUAGCAAUAGACAGUGGUCUUAAAGAAAUAUCAAUGUUAGAGUGCUCAAGUUCUGCAGAAUCACCUUUGAAACACAUAUAUUUAAAAGAAAAAAAAGAUCGUGCCAUUGAAGAGAAAUUACUAUCAGCUAUAUCUAAUAAAUGUGUAGAAAAUAAUUUGGCAGUUAUACUUCCUGCUUAUUUGGAAGUGGAAAAAGUUUUACCUAGACCUAGUCUGAGAAUUUGUAUAUCUGCUAAUUUGAAUAAAAGCGAUAUCAAUUUUGCAUUAAAUAUUUUGAAGAAAUGUACAGAGGAAAUUUUGUCAUUUUACAAUUGAAAGAGAAACAAAUAAAUCGUAAAGAAAACAUUCAAAGAAUCCACACACACACACAAACAAAUAUAUUACAAAUAUAUCGUGUGUAUAUAUAUAUAUAUAUAUAUAUAUAUAUAUAUAUAUAUAUAUAUCUUUUGAAAAUAUAUUUUAACUAUAUUUUUAUGUUGUUGAUAAAAUAUUGUUAAAAACAAAGCUUUAUAAUUAUCAAAUAAGAAAAUGUUUUUAAAAAUUUUUUCUUAAAAAAUAUUUUAAUAUUCAUGUGAGAUAGAAGUAGAAAGUUGUUUUUGUAAUAGUCUUAGAAUUUAAAUGCUGUUUAUAUUCUUUACUUAAUACCACUAAAUAUUGAUACAUAAAAAUAAAUAUAAUUAAUAUUAUUUUAUUAUAAUAUUACUUGUACUACAUGCAGAGU